UUUCCUUCUGUGGCGACCGCCGCUCCAUUGAAGCAACAUGGCGCUGUUAGGGGGUUGUUAUGUUCUGCGGAUGGCUUUGCUCUGGCUGGCUUUCUGCACGCUGGGCCGGGGUGACUCGGGGACAGAGGAGUACCUGAAGCGAGAGCACAGCCUGACGAAGCCCUACCAGGGUUUGGGAGCUUCAAGUUCCGGUACUUUCUGGGACAUUUCUGGAAAUACGAUGGUGACUGCUCAGUAUGUACGGCUCACUCCUGACCUGCAGAGUAAACAGGGAGCGAUCUGGAACCGUGUAGCCUGCUUGAUGAGAGACUGGGAGAUGCAGAUACAUUUCAAAAUCCAUGGACAAGGAAAGAAGAAUCUGAAUGGGGAUGGAUUCGCAGUUUGGUACACCAAAGAUCGCAUGCAACCAGGUUCAGUAUUUGGAAGUAAAGAUCUCUUUACUGGACUCGGAGUAUUCCUGGAUACUUACCCAAACGAAGAGAAACUGCAUGAGUCUAAGAAGAGGAGAUAUACACCUUCCACUCAGCGAAUUUUUCCAUAUAUUUCGGCAAUGGUGAACAAUGGGAGCUUGUCCUACGACCAUUCGCGAGAUGGUAGGCCCACGACUAUUGGAGGAUGCACAGCCCUGGUGAGAAACCUCAAUCAUGACACCUUCGUUGUGAUUCGGUACUUGAAGAGAAGGCUCACGGUUAUGAUUGAUAUUGACGGCAAGAAUGAAUGGAAAGACUGCAUCGAUAUUCCAGGUGUCAGACUGCCGUUGGGCUAUUACUUCGGCGCUUCUUCUGCCACUGGAGACUUGACGGAUAAUCACGACAUCAUUUCAGUUAAGGUCUAUCAACUAACGGUGGAGAGGGCGCCUGGAGAGGAGGAGGAGGAGGAGGAAGAAGAGGUGUUAAUUCCCAGCGUGGAUAACUUCAUCCUGCAAGGAGAUGAUCCAGAUUCUGAGCCGAUGAGUGGCGUAACGCUGUUCUUCAUCAGCUUCUUCUCGCUGGUGGGUCUGAUGGUGCUUGCUGUGAUCGGAGUCAUUGUCUUCCAGAAAUGGCAGGAGCAGAGCCGCAAGCGCUUCUACUGAGGUCCCAGGCAGCGGAGAGGCCAAGAGCCCAUGUCCGGGAACAAGCACAGAAUGGGCUUGCUUUCCUUCAAGGAUGCCUCAUUUCACUGGCUCUUCAUUGUUACUCUGUGUACUGCUUUCAAGAGGAAUCCAUACCUACUUGACCCUGUGUUAUACUCAGGCAGACGUUAAUGAGAAUCCCCACUGUCCCAAAGAAAUUCUACAGUUUUAAAGAGAGAACUGAUGUAAUAGUAUGAACUUCAGUCCCUUUUUUUUAAAUGCACUGCAGGAAUACUCUGAUCGGAAGAGCAAAAGUGAAGGGAAGUUUUACAAUGCCUCUCUCCCUGAACAAAUCUGCUCUGUUGUGUUGUGAAUGUUAGGACUACACUACAAUCCAGUACAGACCCUCCCUAAAUAUUGUGGAGAAUCUCACUGUAGCCACUAAUCACUAUGGUGGGCUUUGAAAGUGCUUUGCAAGAAUAUUUUUUUUUAAACUGACAAACCACUUCCAGCUGCUACUUAAGUAAGAAAACAAAACUGAAAUGAGGAAGAAAGUCAUUGUGUGACUGUUCCCCUUUUAUUCUAACCCAAAGGACACUUGAACUAUGUGCAGUUGAAACUGUUACUUUCAGUUGAGUUUAUUUUUCAGGAUAGUGUGAAGAUCACACUUGAAAUGUUUCAUAAUUUUGUGUUAUAACAGAUAUGUGUAAAAAAGGUGUAUGUGCGUGUGUGGGGAUGGGUUAUGCCUGAUAAUGGUUCAAAUAUUUCCCUGUGAGGACAAAGUGAAGUGCAUCUUACUUCUGAUUUGAUAGUGCAUUAGAAUAAAUUUGCUGUAAAUCUUAAGGCAGGCGGAACUGUGGGUCAGCUGCUUUUGUUUUGAGUGGUUGCUUCACGUGCCACGUCCACAGUAAAGCGUGUGUUGCACACUGCUGGGGGAGUGGGGAUGUAUUUACGAUCUCUCUGCUAAUUUGCUAGGCUCUUUGACAUUCCACCAUUAACACUGUGUGCAUGGAGGCCAGUGCUAUUUUAGCCUUUGCUGCUCUUGGGAUUUUAUUUAGAGAUACAACACUGUAACAGGCCCUUCCAGUCCAACCAGCCCAUAACACCCGUGUGACCAAUUAACCUACUAACCCAUACAUCUUUGGGAUGUGGAAGGAAACUGGAGCACACAUAGGAAACCCACAUGGUCACAGGAAGAACGUACAAACUCCCCAGACAGUAGUGGAAUUGAACCUGGGCUGUUGACACUGUAAUGUGCUAACUGUGCCGCCCCAAUGAUUGAUCACCAUUUGCUAGUCUCUCUUGCCUGGUGACCUUAUGUUUGUAGUUCUUAAUCUAAACAAGUGACAGAAUUGACCUGAGAGCAAGGAUAAUGUGCAAGCAGAAUCAGAUUUACUAUCACUGACAUAUGUUGUGAAAACUGUUAUAAAUUACAAUAAUAAAUAUAUAUUUAAAUGAAGUAAACUCACAAAACCAGAAGCAAGCAUGCAGGAGUAAAGCAGGGAGUGUUCAGUAUAGCAGCUGGUGUGCUCUAGGGGCUUGGUAAAUACAUUGAACACACACUGGUGACAUGACUGACUGCCAUUAUCCUCAUUUCAAUGUUUAUACUUCUCCAACAAUGGCCCAAUGACCAACACUUAACCCAGGUGUAAAGGUGGAGAAGAGUGUUAUUUCAUCCAGUGUUCCCUGUUCAUGACUGGCAGUUAUUUGGCAGUGGUGUGAAGCAUUUGUGUUGAUCAGCACUGGCACAAUUCUUUGCCUGACAAGUUCAUUGUGUCUGUGCUCAUGGGAGAAGACAAAUUGUGACUUUAGAGAUAUUGCAGAAGUCUUUUACUGUUAGUUAUGGUAUUUCUGUCAGUCCAUUACAGAUAGUAUUGCUGUUAUUUUAAAGAGGCUUGCUAAUAUUAUAAAGUUUCUAUCCAGAUUCCAAUUAUCUUCUCCCAUGACCAAUCCUGUUUUGCAGUCUUAUGUGAGUGAGGCCUUGUACAAUUCACACAAUGAAAUACUUGGGAAUGCAGUGACAGUUGUUGGUGUGAGAAAGCUCCUACAAGUGUCAAUACAAUUAUGAUCUAUUAAUCUAAUGAGUCAUUGGCAACAGCGAGAAAAUUUCCCCAACCUCAGCAUGGGUCUUGGAGCUUGGAAUCUCUUCCACCCCCUUAGGCUACCAUAAUUUGGGACUGCAUAUAAAAGAUAAUUUCUUCCAAGAAAAUUCACGAAAACAUGCAUACCUAAGGUGGUGGAAUUACUGGUAAGAAUGCAUUGCAUUUCUGAAGUUAUCUAAUGUUUUCUUGUCAAGUUCUGUGACUGGGAAUAGCCUGGACAAGUCAAUGUCAAUCUUCUGAUCCCACUUGCCAAAGUUGCUCUAAGAAAAUCACUUGCCCAAUUCCAACAGUAUCAGUGAACAUUUAGUUCCCAUAUGCCCAGCUAGUAAGUGUUGGCAGGUUAAAUGUGGUCUUGGUCUCCCACACUAUGGUCUUGAAGAAAAUGUACAAUUACUUCACCUAACUGGUAACUCAGAGGUCCGAGAUCAAAUACCACAAUGACAAUUGUGGAAUCUAGUUCCUGAUCAUUUACUCAUUAUGUUUAAUUAAUGUUAUCUACAAAGCUUACCAAGUUGCUGUUAAAUACCCAUCUGUCCAUACUGUUAAAUACCCGUCUACCCAUACUGCUGUCCAUAAUGGAGGGAAAUCUGCUGUCUUUAUCGUCUAUUUGUGAAUCAUAAGACACAGGAGCAGAAUUAGGCUAUUUGGCCCAUUCAUCAUGGCUGGCUCAUUUCCCUCCCAAAUCUAUUCCCCUAUAACCUAACACACACUGACUAAUCAAUUUAAUGACCUGGCCUCCACAGACUCACCACUACUGGCUAAAGAAAUUCCUCCUCAUCUCUAUUCUAAAUGGACAUCUCUAUAUUCAGACUGUGCCCUCUGGUCCUAGACUCCCCCACUAUCGGAAACAUAGUCUUCAUAUAGUCCAAAAGACCAUAAUAUAUAUUUGCAGAAUUAGGCCAUUUGUGACUGCUACACCAUUUCAUCAUGGCUGAUCCAUUUUCCCUCUCAGUCUUCUCCCUGUAUCCCUUCAUGCCCUGACCAAUCAAUAAUCUAUCAAUCUCUGCCUUGAAUAAAUGUAAAGACUUGGCCUCCACAGCCACCUGUGGCAACAAAUUCCAUAAUCAUCCUCUGGCUAAAGAAAUUCCUCAUCUCAGUUCUCUGGUCCUAGACUCCCCUACUAAAGUAAAAUAUCCUCUCCACAUCCACUUUAUCCAGUCCUUUCAACAUUCAAUAGGUUUCAAUGAGCUAACACACCCGCCCCAUUCUGCUAAGUUCCAGUGAGUAGAAGCCCAGAGCCAUCAAAUGCUCCACAUAUAAUUUUCAUUUCCAGAAUCAUGCUCAGGAACCUCCUCUGAACCUUCUCCAAUGUUGGCACGCCCUUAGAUGGCCCAAAAUUGCUCGCAAUGCUCCAAGUGAAGCCUCACAAAUGCCUUAUAAAGGCUCAGCAUUGCAUCCUUGCUUCUGUAUUUAGUCCUCUAAAUUAAUGCUAACAUUGCAUUUGCCUUCCUCACCAUUGACUCAUCCUGCAAGUUAACCUUUAGGGGAUCCUGCACGAAGAUUUCAAAGUCCCCUUGCACCUUGGAUUUUAGAAUUUUCUUCCUAUUUAGGAAAUAGUCUACACUUCUAUUCCCUUCACCAAAAGUGCACGACCAUACACCCAACACUGUAUUUUAAUUGCCACUUCUUUACCCAUUCUUCUAAUCUAUUUAAGUCCUUCUACAGCCUCCCUACUUCUUCAACACAACCUGCUCCUCCACAAACCCAUUAUCCAAAUCAUUGAUGUUCAACAUAAAAAGCAGUCUCAAAACCAAGCCCUUCAGAACACCACUAAUCACUGGCAGUCAAUCAAAAAGGCUCCCUUUAUUUCCACUCUGCCUCGUGCCAACCAGCCAAUGCUCUAUCCAUGCUUGUACAUUUCCUGUAAGCAGUCUUGUAUAUGGCACCUUGUACACAACAUCCACUGAUUCUACUUUGUCUGUCUUGAUUGUAUUUCCUCAAAGAAUUCUAACAGAUUUGUCAGAAAAAUUUUUCUCUGAAGGAAACCAUGCUGACUUUAUUUUAUCAUGUGCCUUUAAGUACCCUGAAUCCACAUCAUUAACAAUUGACUCCAAUAUCUCAGCCACUGAGGUCAGGCUAACUGGACUAAAAUUUCUUGCUUCUGCCUCCCUCCCCUCUUCAAGAGUGGAAUGAUAUUUGCAAUUUUCCAGUCCUCUUCUAGUAAUUCUUGAAAAAUCAUUACUAAUGCCUCCACAAUCUCUUCAGCUACCUCCAAAACUUUCAGCUUCCCAAGAACCUGCACUUACUUUGGCCUACUGACGCUUGAACUUCUGGCAUACUGCUAGUAUCUUCCACAGUGAAGUCUGACGAAAAGUAGUUAUUCAGUUUAUGAUUUCCUCAUCCCCAGUCCAAUAUCUACUUCUGCCUUUCUUUAUCUGAGAAACUUUUGGCAUCCUCUGAUAUUAAUGACUAGCUUACCUUCAUAUUUCAAGUUUUCCCUCACAGCAUUUUUACUUGCCUUCUGUUAAUUUUUUUAAACUUCCCAAACUAAUUCCCUUUUUUUUGCUUUUAUAUGCCCUUUUUUUUUGCUUGUAUGUUGUCUUUGACAUCCCUUGCAAUAAUAGUUGUGUCUUCCUGCCUUUAGAAUACUACUACAACUUUGGGAUGUAUCUAUCCUACGUUCCGAAUUGCUCCCAGAGACUCUCUGCCAUCAUCCCUACUGCUGUCCCCUUCCAAUUAACUUUGGCAAACUCCUCUUCCAUGCCCCUGUAAUUCCCUUUACUCCACUAAUACGGAUACAUCUGACUUUAGCUUCUCCCUCUCAAACUGCAGGGUGAAGAUCACUGCUUCCUAAAGGUUCCUUUACCUUAAUAUCACCCAUUAAAUCCAAUUCAUUACAAAACACCCAAUCAAGAAUAGCUGAUCCCCUAGUGGGUUCAACCACUGAUGAUCCUAAUGAUCCAGAAUCUGAAGCUCUGUCCCCUGCACCAGUUCCUCAGCUACACAUUCAUCUGCCAAAUCGUGAAAGGAGUUUGUCCUCUCUGUGGAAUGUAUGUGUUUUCCUUGGGUGCUUCAAUUUCCUCCCACAGUCCACAGAUGUAUUAGGUGAGUUAUUUGGUCAUUAUAAAUUAUCCUGUGAUUAGGUUAGGGUUAAACUGGAUUUGUCAGUACUGAUGGGCCUAUUCCGCACUACCUCAAAAUUAAUUAAUUGAUGACAACAUUAGGAGUAUCAGCAUAACAUUUAAAGAAGAAAAGAUGGAAUACAAAGUACUGGAGUUUGCUCAUAUACUUCUGGAAGUCCCAAAGAAUUUUAUAACAUUUUUAAAAUCUUAAAAGUUUCAAUGCAACCUAAUGUUAUUAAUUUUCAUUUGAGGGUUACAAGUGACUGCACAGUACUAAGUCGUGUGAAAUGGUUAAAAUGCUUCAGUGGGAGACCAUGCAAUACUAUUGUAGUAAUAAUUAGGUAUGAAUCAUCA